GCACAUAUUUUUAAAGGGACCUCUGCAAUUUUAUGCAUUAAAGUACCGGGCGUCUCUUUAAGGGCUUAUUGCAUAUCCUAUAAUGACUCGGAUACAGUCGAGGUCCGGUAUAAGUGCGUAUAGCGUUGGUGCGGAUCGAGGGUACCGUGAUAACAGCCCGCCCUAUGGCCCAUGUCAUUGAAAAACCUUUGGCUUGCAGGAUCCCCUCUGACGUCUCGGGACAUCAAUGUGCGACGGAGGAUGCCCACCCGCAAAUGGAAAUUGAGGAGCUCGAAAACUACAACGGAGAAUUGGCCUAUGAAGCUUGCACUCUAAAGAAGCAGGUACUGGAGCGGGACAAUAAGCUGAAGCAGCAGAGUUGCAGUAUAAAGGAACUCCAGGAGGACGUGGAGGCGCGCUGCGCCCAGCGGGACUGUCUGUCGGAGGAGGCGCGGGUCACUGAGAUCUCCAACCGGGAGCUGAAGGAGAAGUACGAUGACCUCCUACUCCGCAGCCAGGGCCUGGAGGAGACGCUGCGGGAAGAGGAGCUCAAGCAGCGGGAUCUCAUCGAGACCAUGACCAAGCAGAAGGCCCUGGAGGCCGAGAACCAGAACCAAGUUAACGAGAGGAUAAAAAUAGAUAUUUGGAGGCAUCACUGCAAGAAGGCUUUGAGGAAAACCGUGAGCGCUGAGAGUGACGUCGGGUCCCACGAGCACAGGAGUCCGGAUCUAACGGAUUCCCCGGAGGGCGAUAAGAAACCAAACAGGAGAUUUCGGUCUCAGUCCAUUCCCCUGGGGCCCUCCAAGAUCCUCAGCGCACUUAGAAGUUUCUUUGACUUUAAUACCAGAAAGGUGCAGGGGGACUCGUCCGGCCCUGAGGACUGGCAUCACUCUCCUACCGUCUGUGUGAUUUGCUGUCUACCCCAACGAGCGCUCUGCAACAAGGAGGUUCACGAUUCUGAAGUUCACGCCGUCAAGUUUUGUCCCAACUCGAGGGUUGUGGCCACCGGAGGCGCUGACCGAGUUGUUAAGCUGUGGGAAGUCACAGGAGGAACGUUACAGGAGCUCCAGACCCUGGAAGGGAGUCACGGGGGGAUCACGAGCAUAGAGUUUGAUACUUCUGGUCAUCAUAUUCUCGCGGCGUCGUUUGAUGGGGCGGCUCAUCUCUGGAAAACGGACAGCAAAGCCAACGACUCUCUCACGGGGCAUAAGGGAAAAGUGACAGCAGCGAAGUUCAAGAUGUGCCCCCAUCGGGCCGUCACCAGCAGCAUGGACCGGACAGUGAAGGAGUGGGACCUGCAGAAAGUGGCCUGUAUCAGGAGUAUCUCCGUGUCCUCUUACUGCAGCGACGUGGUCUGCUUGGACACCAUCAUCAUCAGUGGCCACCACGACCGGAAGAUACGGUUCUGGGACAGUAGGUCUGAAUGCUGCAUCAGGGAGGUGACUCUGGAGGAGAAGAUAACGUCCCUUUUCUUGGGCCAGGACCAGACCCAACUCCUCAGCUGCUCCCGCGAUGACGCGCUCAGCCUGAUCGACCUUCGCACCGGGAACGUCCACCGGGUUCUCAGAGCUGAUGGAUUUAAAUGUGGGUGCGACUGGACCAAGGCCAUAUUGAGCCCCGAUGGAAGCUACGCCAUUGCCGGUUCUGCAGAUGGGACCAUCUUCAUAUGGAACACACAAACCGGGCUACUGGAGCGGAGUCUGAACGGACAGCACAGUGCUCCGGUGAGUGCCAUCACGUGGUCCGCAUCCGGGGACUACGUGGUUAGCGUCGACCGAGGAAAGAAGGCUGUCCUGUGGAGUGAAUUCUGAUUUAUUUAAGGACUUUCCAGGAGUCCCUUCACCUUCUUUGCAGUGACACGGGGGCCCCUAUGGCGGGUUGGAGUGCUAGCUCUUCAGGUUCUCAAUCCCUGACCUCGCCGCUUUAGAUCAGAUUGUUUUGUGGACAAUGAAGCAUUUACCUCCAGCCAAAGAUCUGAAGUCGGAGACCUCCC